AAAGCUUGGAAAAGACGCUCUUGACUUUCGCGCGGUCGGUUACCACCGGCCAGCGCCUCCGAGCUCUCGCCGGCGAUCGACUGUCGGGCUAACCGCGCACUGCGUUCCGGCGUUUUCCGCGAGCGAGGGUCGUGGGAAGGUUUCCGCAGAUGGAGGAGCCGCCACUCCCGACGGAGGGAGAAGGUUCGCAGCCCGGUACAGCGGCGUCGGGUCCGGAGAAGGACCCCGCGAUUUUCAGCGCCCGGACCGUGUCCAUCGACUACUACAUGGCGCGCCCGAUCCCGGGCGUCGAUGUUUGUUACAGCAGCUUUCAAGGUGAAAAAGUGAAUGAGGUUCCUGUAAUAAGAGUAUAUGGUUCAACUCCUGCUGGUCAAAAAACUUUCUUACAUGUGCAUAAGGCUUUACCCUAUUUGUAUGUACCAUGUACAGAUAUUCCUAUCCAUCCAACGUCUGAAGGGGAUGCAUUUACAAAUGCUGUCUCUCUAGCCAUGGAGAAAGCCUUGAAGGGAGGGGCAGUAUUUGACAGAAGUUUGCAGCCGCAUGAAUCGCAUAUUCCCUAUCUGCUUCAGUUUCUGGUUGACUAUAACUUAUUUGGGAUGGGUCUUCUUCAUAUAAUGAGAAUAAGGUUUCAACAUCCAAUACCAGAUAUUUUUGCUCCAAAGAUAUGUAGUGAUAAUGAUCAAGGAAGACAGGUGAUGGCAAAGCCAUAUUGCAUGUUUGCUGCUUUUAAGUCAUAUUUAUCUUCUCUUAUAUGGCGGAUGCCAUACAAGACCGUCUUUCUUUUUAUGCUUCAUAUUGUAUAUGGUUUUCAUGGUAUACAGGUUGACUCGGGUAGGGAUGCCCACCUGGAGAGACUCCUGUUUGGAUAUCAUCUACGAUCCCAGGAAGUUGGAGGUGGCAGCCUCUGGUUUUGCCCUCGUAAUUGUUCACCUUCUUCUUCGUUGAGAUUGAUGAGCGAGAUUGUGAGGGGCGACGACGCACUCGACGACGGGCUCGACGGAGGUUGGCGUGAGGCCGGUGUGGUCACGGCAACCGUCACCGGCCAGUGGCAUGACCUCGGUGACCCUCGGGAGUCGCAUCGCCGCGACCUUUAG